UACACAAAAGAGGAGGUCCGGAAGAUGGAUUCAAGUACCUUGAACCCAAAAAAUGAAGAUUGUCCUGAUAUGAAAGAGAAUGUCAAGGAAACAAAAGGCAGUCAAUCUGCAUCAUCAUCUAAUUCAAAAAACUCAUAGGCUUAUCCUGCAAUGUCUAGUGAAAAUACUGAAGAAGUAUGACAAGAGAACAGGAGCACUUAUCAGGCAGCCCUUCAUCGAAAAGGUGCUGCAGCAGCCAUUCUUUACAACUGAUCUCCUAUACAAACUCGUGAAGGAGUGUGGCUAUGCUCGACCACCUCUUCCCCAGCAGCAACCUGUCAAUUUCAGCAGAAUGCGACGGACAAAAUGGAGUGCCAAAGCCGGCACAAUCAGGUUGGAGGGUUCCAGAGUUGGAGGAGAUUAAAUAUAUGUAGAGCUUAUACAUGAAGAGCA